AUGAUGCAAGCGUCGAAGAAAAUUCCCUUUGAAGACCCUCAAGUCCUCAUGGGCGUGCGCGGACUCUACAUUGUCAGCAACAUCAUCAUCUUCGCCGUCUACAUGUACACCAAGAUGCAGAUUGACAAGAAGAAAGACAUGACCGUCCUCAAAUACGUCGAGCCCGCCCCCAUGGGCAGCACCGAAGAGCCCAAAGCCGUGACGACGACCGUCCACGCCUACGACCAGCAACAACUCAAGGGACUGUUCAAGUCGCAGCUCAUGGGUCUGGGCAUGAUGGCCGUGAUGCACUUGUACUUCAAGUACACCAACCCUCUUCUGAUUCAAUCCAUCAUCCCACUGAAGGGCGCAUUCGAGGGAAACCUGGUCAAGGUACAUCUGUUGGGUCAGCCCGCUUCGGGCGAUCUGAAGAGGCCAUGGAAGGCGGCUGCGGGCAUGAUGGGUGCUUUGAACCAGGGUGCUGGUGAGAUCAAGACGGAUAAGAAGAGCAUUGAGGCUGCGGAGAAGGCUGGCCGUGGAGGUGCUAAGGAGGAGUAG